CUUACACCGACAACACACACACACGGAGUGUGAUUCUAAGCACGGGGCUCUUCCCGGUGUUAAACGGACGUCUGAAGGGAAAUCAAUACCUCAAGCCACGUUGACCUGCACGAGAUCACCGAGAGGGGGGGGAAAAAAACGAAUACCGUUUCCUCGUUCUGCGCGUGCUGUGAAUUAAUAAUACAACAACCAAUCACUCACUCACCUCGCCUUGUGUCUAAUCUCACCUGGUGUGUGUGUGUGGGAGAGUGUGUGUGUUCUCCAAAAAGGUUCGUUAGGGAGGUUUGUCUUGGGUUUACGGUCUAUACAUCGCUUUCACACGGAGGGGAUUACCGCACUGCAUGCCACGGCCAUGUGGAAUAACUUUGUGCCGCUCUAGCGCCAGUUGUCCGUYUACCAGCCUGCCGCCCUUUCCUCACUCUCUUUCCGCCCAGGCCGCUGUCAUCCAGACGUGCGGGUUUCUUCUGACGUGAUUUUGUAUUUACUAAAAGCACAACAACGAGGAGGAGCAAACACACAAUUAACAGACAGAGAGAGAGAGAGAGUUGGAAUCGUUCUUGUGGGAUUAUUACUCCUCCGGUGGAUUUACGACCCGUCGGUGACUCCUCGGCCCCUUCUCCGGUGAUAAUGUCCCUAAGGUCGAGCCUCCUUGCUCCGGCCCUUGCCUCCUCAGCUCKGGGUCUGUGUCGCGGUCUGCUGGUCGUCCUGGUGGUCCUGGAGCUGUCCAGUCGGACAGAAGGCCAGCCAUGCCCUGCGCAGUGCUCCUGUUCCGGCUCUACUGUGGACUGUCACGGCCAGAGUCUCCGCAGCGUUCCCAGGAAUAUACCACGCAACACAGAGAGACUGGAUCUGAACGCUAACAAUCUGACUAAAAUCACCAAGGCCGACUUCGCUGGACUGAGGAAUCUGCGUGUGCU